ACCCUCUAGUUUUGGGAAGAAGAGCUUUAUCAUCUGGAGGGAACUUGGGUGAAAUAUUUGCCUCGUUCUCUUUCUGCUUUGUUAUUUAAAUACCGUCCUAACAAGGUUAAAUAUUCAACCACUUGCUCCUUCACAUCCCUUCAGCCUCCUGUAAACGUAGCUUUGUACUUGAAAUAAGAAUCAGGUACACCUGUUGAUUAUCUUGUCAUUCUAACAUUAGAUGUCAUCUUGCAGCUGUUGAAUUAUGAGUUAAAUAUUUUUGGUCUUCACAUCUUGGCAUUCACCUAUUUGCUAACUUUGGUUAUAAAGUACCUUUGCUAAUAUAUGUGCAUCUCAAUGAUAAUUUCCUUGACUUACCUUUAGAAUUAUAAUAGUGUCUUUGUUCCUUUUGAUAGAAAAAGAAAAAUUAUUAGAGAGAAAACCAAAAGCACAUAACAGGAGAAUUAGUUAUCCUUCCGAAAAGGUGAAAAAGCAUAAAAGCCAAAAUGAAAAUAGAGCAAGGAUAGCCAGCUAAUCUCUAUGUAAAAUAGACGAAUAAAUCUUUUGUAAAGGCCAUGCAUGUUAGCCAAAGAGGCUAAAAAAGUUAACCUAUCCCACAGAAACCAAAAAUAGAAAAAAGAAAAGAAACCUCAAGGGUCUUAGCAUUUUUCUCCAAACACAACUAUAACUUAGUAAAAAAGUGCAUCUCAUAAGAGACCUAACUUUUUUUUUUUUUCUACCCAAUAUUGCAAAAAAAAAAAAAAAAAAGAAAAAUGUAAUCGAAGCUCUUAAGGUUUUGGGGAGGAACCUAGGAAACACUGAAAGUGUUGAAUAAAUCAGAGUAAAAAGUGUGCAGGCCAUAUAAAAAGAAAGAUGGUUGUGAGACUCGCCAACAUGAGAACACAUCAUACAUAUCCUUGGGGACAAAGCAUGAUUCAGCCUGCAAACUUGGAGCAUUAGUAUAGUUGUUGUUAUAAUAUACUCAUCUAAAGCUAACUACAUGUUUUGCAAUCACUUCAAAUGGUUUCUUAUCUGAAAAUGAUAGCUCCAUUUUUAUGAGGUCCAUUUUAUUACUUCAUUCCUUAAUUUCGCUUAGACAUUUUCCUUCUCCAUGCCUACCACAGUUUUGGAGGGACCUAGAGACGUUACACCGACUGUUCUGAAGUCUUCAACUGGUCUAGAAGUGUCUAAACUUUCUCCUAAGAAGUGGGGUCUUUCUGGAAGCUCGAGCAUUAUACUGGCUGCUUUUCUGGCUGGAGUGUCUUUUCUUCUUUCUCAUGGAAUUGAUAUAAGGCCUAACCUUGCAGCAAUAUUAGGGCUAGCCAUUGUAGAUUCCAUUUUCCUUGGUGGUAGCUGUUUAGCUCAAAUUUCUAGUUAUUGGCCUCCGUAUAAACGAAGGAUCCUAGUUCAUGAAGCAGGUCAUUUGUUGGUAGCAUAUCUUAUGGGUUGUCCAAUUCGAGGGGUGAUUUUAGACCCAAUUGUUGCAAUGCAGAUGGGCAUUCAAGGGCAGGCUGGAACGCAGUUUUGGGAUGAGAAAAUGGAUAAUGAAAUUGCCAAAGGACAACUGAGUGGUAUCGCAUUUGACAGAAAUCGUCCAUCUUCCAUUGAUCUAAUGGUUGGACACCAGAGUUACAAUAUAAUAUAUGUAUAUAUUGUAUGUCGAAGAUGGACAUUAGCCUCAAUAAAAGGAUCAGAGAACCAGUAGGUUUGUACCCCAAUA